AUGCCUGUGUUUCAAGUUUUCAUUAAUGAUCGGACCUCCAACGUUUUCAAUAUUCUUUUUGCUUCACUUCCGUCGGAAAGACAGUACUAUGCACCGGGAGUUCCCGAUUCAUUUCACUGUCGCGCGUUCCCUAAAGCCUCCAUUCACUUUGCUUAUUCAUCUUGUGCUCUUACCUGGCUUUCUGAGAUUCCGAAAGAAGUAUUGGAUCCCUUGUCUCCUGCAUGGAAUAAAGGGAGAAUUUCGUAUUAUGGAGAGAAAAAUGAAGUUUCCAAUGCUUUUUCAGCUCAAUUUGCGAAGGAUUUGGACUCAUUCUUGAAAGCAAGGGCAGAAGAGUUGGUUGAUGAAGGGCUACUGACUUUUAUCCAUGGUGUUGAGCCCAAUGCUAAUAAGGACACCUCUAAAAUUACAUUACCGUCUUUCGAACUUUUGGGAUCUUGUCUUGUGGACUUAGCUAAGAAGGGAUUAUUUGAUAUAUCCAAAGUAGACUCGUUCAACUUGCCAAAGUAUUUUCCCUUUCAUGAUGAAUUGAAAGCUUUAGUAGAAAGAAAUCAAGAUUUCAGUCUCGAAAGGAUGGAGAUACUUGACAAUCCACCAAAGCGUCUCACUAAUCCCGAUCCCAAAUCAUUUGCCAUGUUCAUGCGAGUAUUGAUCAAGGGACUUCUACAAAAUCAUUUUGGAAGAGAAAUCAUGGAUGAAUUAUUAGACAUAUGGAGAAAAAGUUGA